CAUCCCCUCGGCCGCCAUCCCUACCAUAGCUUUUUCGACUGCACGCUGUCUCUAUCAGUCUUUCUCUUUCUAUCUAAUGGCACUUAGAUAUCGCCAUCUCUUUCGCACACGGAGCGAACGACACGCAUACGUGUGUAGUUAGUCGAGCGCUUAUAUAUCAGUCGAGCGUAGAACGACGAGACUACCAUAAAGUGAUCGUCUCUGAUCGACAGCGGACGGAUUUCUGUACGUCUUUCUUUGCCGUUCAGAUUAAACAAGACAAACCGAAGACAAGAAAAUGACCGGUCGCGGUAAAGGUGGAAAGGGUCUGGGGAAAGGAGGCGCGAAGCGACACAGGAAAGUGCUCCGUGAUAACAUCCAAGGUAUCACGAAACCGGCCAUCCGUCGUCUCGCACGCAGAGGCGGUGUGAAACGUAUAUCCGGUCUGAUAUACGAAGAGACUCGCGGUGUCCUCAAAGUGUUCCUCGAGAACGUAAUCCGCGACGCCGUCACCUACACCGAGCACGCGAAGAGGAAGACCGUCACCGCCAUGGACGUAGUGUACGCCCUGAAACGUCAGGGACGUACUCUGUACGGUUUCGGCGCGUGCGUGUUCGUUCAUUCAUCGUCAAGGAUGGCUCGUACUAAGCAGACGGCCCGAAAAUCUACCGGUGGUAAGGCACCGCGCAAGCAGCUCGCCACCAAGGCGGCUCGCAAGAGCGCUCCUGCCACGGGAGGUGUGAAGAAACCUCAUCGUUACAGACCCGGUACGGUCGCCCUUCGUGAGAUCCGUCGUUACCAGAAGAGCACUGAGCUUCUGAUCCGCAAACUGCCAUUCCAGCGUCUCGUUCGUGAGAUCGCUCAAGACUUCAAGACCGAUCUCCGUUUCCAGAGUUCCGCCGUAAUGGCCCUGCAGGAAGCAAGCGAAGCUUAUCUCGUCGGUCUCUUCGAAGACACGAACCUGUGCGCUAUCCACAAAAUGACCGGUCGCGGUAAAGGUGGAAAGGGUCUGGGGAAAGGAGGCGCGAAGCGACACAGGAAAGUGCUCCGUGAUAACAUCCAAGGUAUCACGAAACCGGCCAUCCGUCGUCUCGCACGCAGAGGCGGUGUGAAACGUAUAUCCGGUCUGAUAUACGAAGAGACUCGCGGUGUCCUCAAAGUGUUCCUCGAGAACGUAAUCCGCGACGCCGUCACCUACACCGAGCACGCGAAGAGGAAGACCGUCACCGCCAUGGACGUAGUGUACGCCCUGAAACGUCAGGGACGUACUCUGUACGGUUUCGGCGGUUAAAAUGUUUUCGAUGUUUUAUUUUGAAAAAUUAUACAAAAAAAAAUUAAUAAUUUACAAAUAAU